CGCAUCACUGGUGGUAUCAGUGCAGAGCGUGGUCAGUUCCCAUGGCAAGUUGGCCUUAUAAUUGGAGGUUCAUCUUUCUGCGGUGGUUCUCUCAUCUCUGAACGAUGGGUCCUCACUGCAGCUCAUUGUGCCGGAAAUUCAUAUGAGGUGAGGCUUGGAGCUACCCGACUUGAUAUUGAUGAGGCUGGUUCACAGGUGCUCACAUCAAGAACCAGUAUUGUCCACGAGAACUACAAUUCCAACACCAUCAACAACGAUAUUGCGGUCAUCCAGCUUCCCACAGCAGUUACCACAACCAGUGAGUGUUUAUUCUGGUGAAUAUGAAAAGAGCCA